AUGCAGCACGAUGGAAUUCAAGGCAACAUCAUUACCUACAACAGCGCCCUGAGCGCCCUCGAGAAAGCGGGGCAAUGGCGGUCGGCCAUGAGGUGGCUGUUCGAGGUCUCAAGGGAAGAGUCGCUGCAGUUAGAUGUGAUUAGCUACAGCGCAGCCAUCAGUGCAUGUGAAAAGGGAAACCGUUGGAAAGAGGCUAUGUUUAUCCUCUCCCAGCUGCAGAGGAGCCGCUCCCGGGGAAAUGUGGUCUCCUACAACGCAGCAAUCAGUGCAUGUCAGAAGAAAGGUCGAUGGGAAGCGGCCUUGUUUUUGCUGUAUAGCCUGGAGGAUCUUCACCUCGAGGCUGAUGUGAUCAGCUACAGCUCAGCUAUCAGUGCAUGCGAGGACGGUUUCCAGUGGCAGCGAGCCAUGCUGUUGCUCGCGGACAUGCUGAGUCUGCGAAUGGUCACCAACCUCGUCACGUACAACGCCGCGGUGAGCGCUGCCGUGGCCGCGGGCGCGUGGGGGCAGAGUCUGGCGCUGUUGGAAGAGCUGCAGGAGGGCCAACUGAAUGGGAACGUCAUCACCUACAGCGUGUCCAUCCAAGCCUGCGAAUACACCUGGCAGUGGCCCAUGGCUAUGCACCUUCUUGAGGAACUGCACCAAAGCCAGCAGCAGGGGAACAUGAUCACGUACAGCUCAGCUCUGCGUGCUGCCGCGUCGUCCGGUGGCCGCACUGCGCGGCGCUGGCUGGCGGAUGUGCGACGGCAAGCUGUGGCGUUGGUCUCCAGUACCUUCUGGGCUCUCAGUGCGACCUUGUGGUAUCUCUCAGAGGUCCUGCCGUUGAUCACCUCGGAGCGCUCUCUGAAAAUGGGGUACUACACUUGUAUCUUCCUGCUGGGUGAGUGGUGCUCCUUCGACUUCUCUCCCGUUGGGGCAGGCUUGAGCAUGCUCUACGCCAUUGUGGGUGUGGGCUUAAACGCCAUGCCCAUGGCGGCCUUCCAAGAUGCCUUGACCAAUCUGACGGGUGCAGGUGCCUACAACGUGGUGGUGGCACGACGACAGUUGUUGCAUAACAGUAGCAAUUUGUCCGCGGGUGGUAACGUGACGUCCCCAGAGAAUGUGCGCGUGAGGAAAUCGGAAGUUGAGAUGCAGGUCCUACAAAGUUUGGACCAAGAAAUGAUUUAGAAAUGGGAUUUCAACGGGAUUUACGCG